AAGGCCAAUAAAAUACAGUUUUUCUGUACAUAUAUACCUUUGCUUGAAAAGAAAGGAACGUGAAAAUGCCCGGAACAACAAAGACAAAAACUUUGAGAUUUGAGUAUUUAACAAAAUAACCCUAAACCAAAACCAAAAGCCUAAAGGCAAAAACGCCACAAACACAUUCUGGAAGUCCCACUCUCCCUGCUAUGUCUUCCAAGAAAAAGUAAAGUUCUCUAGUGUUUUUUGGCAAUUGUUCAACUUCAAACUCCAUUUUUUAAUCUUUAAGUCAUCAACAAUGGAUCGUCGUCAUCUCUGUUCCACCUUUCUUUUGCUCCUCUUCAUCUCCUUCUUCUCAGAAGUGAAUCCAGCUUAUUUUAAGGUCGUCAACAAGUGCCGCCACACGAUAUGGCCGGGUUUUUUAUCUGGGGCCAACACUGCUCAACUUACAACAACCGGCUUCGUUCUAAAACCUGGCAAAUCAAGAACAGUGACAAUACCAAAGUCUUGGUCCGGUCGACUCUGGGGUCGAACCUUUUGCGGCGUCGAUUUCUCCCGUAAAUUCAUUUGUCAAAGCGGCGAUUGCGGCUCCGGCCAAAUUGAAUGUUCCGGAAGUGGCGCCAAGCCGCCAGCCACUCUCGCGGAAUUCACUUUAAAUGGUGCCGGAGGAUUAGACUUUUACGACGUCAGCUUAGUGGACGGCUACAAUUUGCCGAUGUUGAUAGUGGUCAAGGGAGGUAAAGGCGGGAACUGUAGCGCUACAGGUUGCUUAUUGGACCUCAACGGUGCUUGUCCAUCUGAGUUACGCGUUGCGCGUCAAAAUGGUGGUGGAGGCGUGGGGUGUAGGAGCGCGUGUGAAGCGUUCGGAGAUCCCGAAUACUGUUGCAGCGGGGCGUUCAGAACGCCUGACGUUUGUCGGCCAUCCAGAUACUCGUUGUUUUUCAAGCAUGCUUGCCCACGCGCGUAUAGCUAUGCGUACGACGAUACCACGAGUACGUACACGUGUGCUGGUGCUGAUUACGUCAUCAUGUUCUGCCCUCCUCCUCAUACCAGUCAAAAAGUGUUUGGUGCAAGGAAGGAUGGAGCGGUGCUACCGCUUGUAAAUAAGAGUAUGAUAUACAUAUCCAGCCUACAUGCAAAUGGGGCAUCACUAUCAGGUCUGCUCCAACUGCAAUCUACUGUCCCUGCAGCCUCUUUUGCAAUGGCUAUUUUCCUCUUUUGGCAACUUAUUUUACCUUUGUGACUAACAUUUGGCCUGGACACUUCCAGGCAAGUACUAGCAAGGACUAGCUUAACUGAAGGGAGACAUUCUAUACGCUGGAUUAGAAUGAGCGGCAACAUAAAUUUGCAUAUUGCCUACAGAUAUUGAGAUUUCACGUUUGCCACACAAAUAUUGUACACAUUUUGUUUUUAUACUGAUACACUAAAGGUUUCCAAGUUUUUACUGUCAAA